GUCGAGAGCAGAUGCCUCUCUAAUCUCUGUUUACACCGUCUUGCGCGUUAUCAAUUCGAGUGGUCUUCAAAAUAAACAAACUCGCUGCUAUUUUAUAAUAACACACGGUCGGUCGGCCGUCAGAAGUAUAAUACUAUGUUUGUAUCGUGUACACCGUGGCCGCAACGCAUUUUCCCAUACCAGUUACCGGACUUCCGGCCUUCGGUCGCACGCAGUCUAAUGCGCCGCAGGACCGUUGUGUGUGUGUGUGAUAACACGUAUACUUACAUUUUACCUCGACCACAUUUCUACCGACGACGCAUUUACCAGAUCUCAGUUUUGAAUACCGUUGUGCCGACAUGAUGUAUUCGACUACCAGCAGUCAGCAGCAGUCGGCGGUCAGCACCGUGGCCGGUUGUACUACUCAGGUGCCCAACACCCCGGACGUGAUCAACUCCAUCAUAUCCAUGAUGAACCCCUUCGACAGGUACGCCGGUUCGCCGGCCUCCGAGGACUCUUCCGGUUCGUGUUCGCCGGCGUCUCCGCCCCGGAUGCAAAGCAUUUGUUCGAGUCUUCUCAUCAAGGAAGAACUCAAGUUGGCCAUCCGGUCGAAGCAGAGGAACGCCAUCGACCAGACCGCGGCCACGUCGCCGGCCAGCACCGUGUCGGCCGGCAGUUCGACCAAGAAGCGCCGGCAAUGCGAGGAAUCUCACGGGGACGACGACGACGACGAGGGCGUAUCCUCGCACGGCGAAGGGCUCACUGCGGAAGACGAGGAACGGAGAAGGCGGCGGAGAGAAAGGAACAAGAUAGCCGCCACAAAGUGUCGGCUGAAGAAACGAGAAAAAACCGUCAACCUGGUACAAGAGUCCGAAGUGCUGGAGACCAAGAACUACGACCUGAAGACCCAGAUCCAAGAGCUGGAGACGCAGCGCAACCAGCUGAUGAAAAUGCUGACGGUGCAUCCGUGCGCCAAGAGACAUCAACAACAACGACAACAACAACAACAACAACAACAGGAGUACGCCAACCCGGCAACGGUGUCGUCUCCGGACUUGGGACACCAAGUAGUGGGGGCAUACGGAGCCACCGACCCUUACGGCCAUCAACCCCAACCCCAACACCAACCACAACAACCACAACUCCAAGUCCCACCCCAACCACAACUACAACAACAACAACCGCAACUACCACCGCAACCGCAACUCCAAGCCCAACCCCAACAACAGCCGCACAUCCCCCAUCUCCAACAUCAGUCCGUCACGGUGACCGAGUCGCUGAUCCUCAAGGACGCCAUGUUCAACGGCGCCGAAGGCGAUCAACACGACAUUUAUUCGCCGGGCCAACCGCCUUACCGGACAGACUUGUCGCAGUACACCGGGGCGACCGGAUACGGUUGUGUGGACGACGUGUACUCGACGUUCAAAGACGGUCUCCACGACAUGGCUCAGUACUACGACCAGGGUAUAUGUUAACCAAAGACUAAGAUUUAAUAAAGAAGAAAAUUUGUGUUUUUCCAUUAUAUAUAUAUAUAUAUAUAUAUAUGUAGGUAUAUAUAUACUUUUGUAUACUAUUGUUAGGAUUUAUAAUUUUAUUAUGUUUUUCUUUUAAAAUUAAAUUUUUAAAAAACGCCUGUGACGGAGCAGCUCUGAAUUCGGUCGGUGUAAACGUUAAAUAUACUAAAGUUUGUUUUAAUAUAAUAUUAAUAAUGUUUUUUUACUAUAAUUAUUACUAUAUAGUUACCUAGACAAAUGUGAUUACGGUUGAAACGCGCAAAAAAUAAUUAUUACAUUCUUAAUAUUAAAAUUUGUCAUAGAGUGUAUUUGUUUACAUUAUAUACGGACCAGUAAUAUGUGUAAUAAUUUGUAUAUGUUUUACUCCGUAUUUGUUUUUCAUAUUAUUAAAGAUUGAAAUAAUUUAAUGUUUCACAGCAAUAUGUAAUGUUCUACGACACCAAUAAUUAUAACAAUAUUAUAUUCAUUUAAAAUAUAAUAUAAUUUUUUUUUACAUAUUAUUACCCAGUAACAAUAGUUAUUAUUUGUUUAUUACCGGAUUGUUUUGUAUUAUUAAUUAUUUAUUUACUAUUAUUACGUUUAUAUUUUAUUUAUUUGUUAUUCAAGUUAAAUAAUUACAAAAAGUAAUUUUUAUGGACAAACCACUUGUAUGUUUUCUCACGCUGUCGUCGACCACCACUCUCACACAUUCAAUUCUUCAAGCACUUUGUAAUAGCAUAAUAAAUGUUAUACUAAUUUGACAAACAUACAUACAACGCACAUAAUGACAACAAUUCACUCUACAAGA